CACGGCAGGACAAAGAAYAAACAGGCUGACUUUGAGAGAUUGAGUCUAGCAGUCACAAUGGCAGACAACGAGAAGACUAAUGAGACCGGAGCUGCAGCAACAGAAGGGACUAAUGAAGAGCAGCAGACUGUUGUUUCACGAGUGACAAACCUGCCGUUGGUCAGUUCGGCCUGCGGGGCAGUUUCCAGUGCCUACACUAGCACCAAAGACAGUGUGCCUUUGCUGAAGGGGGUGAUGGAUGUCGCCGAGAGUGGGGUCCGAACCCUGGGAGCUGCUGCCAGCACGGGGUCCAAGCCCAUUCUGGACAUGAUUGAACCACAGCUUGCAGCAGUGAAUGAGUACGCCUUAAUAGGACUGGAUAAAAUGGAAGAGAAGCUGCCAAUUCUUCACCAACCAGCAGAUAAGGUGGUGUCAGACACUGUGGGGAUGGUGUACCAGUCUGUGGCAGGAGCCAAAGAUGCCGUGAUGGGGGCUGUGAUGGGUGGUGUCGAGCUGACCCGGGCAGCGGUCAGCGGAGGCAUCAACACUGUCAUGGGCACCAGGAUGGGCCAGAUGGUCAGCAGUGGGAUGGGCCUGGCCCUCAGCCGAUCCGAGGACUGGGUUGACCAGAACCUGCCACUCUCUGAGAAAGAGCUCGCUGCUGUGGCUGAACYGGCCAGCUCUGAGGUGGCCACUUCCUCGGCCAGCCCCAGUUACUUUGUGCGUUUGGGGAAACUAUCUGUCAAGGUGCAGGAGCGAGCGCUGGAGCAGUCCCUGGUGAGGGCGCGGCGAGCCAGGGGUGCCACCUAUGCUGCGGUGGCUCAGAUUACCAGCACCUUCGACCUGCUGGAGCUCACCCGUGACAGUCUGGGUACGGCCAGUCACCAGAUCGCAGAAUCCUCCGAGCAGCUGCUGCAGCGCUGGACCGAGUGGAAACAGAAAUGGGAAGGAGAAGGAGAAGGACAGACUGAGUCAGAACCAGAUGGGUCCAAAGGUGACUCUGAGCAGCUGGAAAGGCGGACCCUUUCUAUGGUGCGUGGUCUGAGUGACCAGCUGAGGUCCGCAUGCUACAGUGUGGUUUCAAGUGCCCAGGGUCUGCCCGCCGCGGUCCAGGACCAGCUGACCAGUGCGUGGCAUUCUGCUGAAGAACUGCAGUCCUCUCUGGGGAACGCCAGCACCAUCACUCCACACCUUCUGGAGCGAAGCCGGCACCAUUUAAAACAAGUUCAGCACUCUAUGGAUGGUGUCAUGGAGUAUUURCUGCACAACACUCCGCUCAACUGGCUGGUCGGACCUUUUGUUGCUCAGAAAUCUGACGAAGAAGAUGAAGAUGUGACCAUGAAAGCAGACUAACCCAAACAAUUUGACUUGUUCUAUUUUUCCUGUAACAUUUUGUUUUGUUUUCACUACUAAUCUACUGUUCAGUUUGAUGCUUUACAUCUUGAGCCGAGAAGAUAUUGACAUUACAUGCAGUAUUUAAUGAAAAUACUCAGGUAAAUUUGAAUGUGUGUCCUUAGAGUUAAAAUCUCUGUUAUACCAAAAGUAYGACAUUUCCUAAAGAUGAAUCCAUGUUUGUGAUUUCUCUUCAGUAUUCAAAUCAUUCCACAACUGUAAAAAAGUGCACUUCGUUUGUAGUAUUUGUAUCUGUAUGUUGAUGGGUUUCUUAAAAUCAAUAAACUUAAAACACAGCA